CUUAGCACUGGGACAACUGGCUAUUAGCCUCAAAGCUAGCAGCUCAUUAAUUCAAUGCAGAACGAGCAAAGUUUCAUGAUUUCACACCGUGUUUCUGGUCCCCGAAGGGGUCUUUUAAUAAAACUUUAAUAAACAUUGAAAUGUCAAACUCCAAAGAAAUCUGACGUUUAAUUGUGAUUUCACUCUUCAUAGAGUUUAGACUUUAAAUGACAGCAUUUCAGAAUGAAGUUUGGUGUGACAUAGCUAACUGACUGAAUGUAAUGGAGCCACUGAUUCUGGACUUUGACUUUAUCCGAUCUGGCAGGACAGGUAUUCUCCCCUGAGAUUGGAAUGUUGAUCAGGUGUACAGCAGAGCUUACUUUCAUUUUAGUGAAACAUUUAGCAGUUUAAUGAGCUGAGCUUCUUUGUCAAAACGCCAUAAAGUAGUUUGCCGGUCAGUCAGAAUUCUGUUGAUCCUAAAUAUGGAUGAAUGCACAGGUUUUAACACUGGUUUUUUAGGUGUGUUUUAUCAGAUUAUAAAUAGGUAUGGUAGUAGUCUUAAGCAAAAGAGCUGUUAAUCUGUCUGUUUUUUUAACCGAGUUUGGUGCGGUGUAUUUGAGAUUUAAGACAGACUGAACUUAUCGGGGUUGUUUUCUGUUGGACUUUGAUUUGAAGGCUGAUUUGUCAGUACAGGUGUGUGACUAAGGUCAGAGGAUGACAGGUGAGUGUUUAUCAGCAGGUAUGUCACAGAUUGCUGACUCAGGGCUGACAUUAAUCUCAGAACCUCAUCAGUAAAAGUAUUGUUUUGUCUGCUGCAGACUUUGGACACCAAAGACCUGAAGAUCAUUUCAGUGAGUGCCAAUGGACAAGCGGCCCAGUUUACAAUGGGCCCCAAACACAGGAUCAAGGGGACGCCACUGGACAUCACGUUGCCUUUUGACCUCUCCAGAGGGCAGCAUGUGAUUGUGGAGGUGACUUAUGAGACGUCUCCAUCAGCAUCAGCUCUGCAGUGGCUCACACCUGAACAGACUGCUGGGAAGAAACAGCCGUACCUGUUCAGCCAAUGUCAGGCUCAUCACUGCAGGAGUAUGGUUCCCUGUCAGGACAGCCCAUCUGUCAAACACACCUACUAUGCUCAGGUGUCUGUGCCUAAAGAUCUGGUGGCUGUGAUGAGUGCAGUGAGAGACGGACAGGAAGUUGAUCCUCAGGACAACAACCGUAUCAUCUACAGAUUCAGACAGCCAGUGCCCAUGCCUUCUUACCUGAUAGCCAUCGUGGUGGGAGCUCUUGAAAGCAGGGAGAUCGGACCAAGGUCCAGAGUCUGGUCUGAGAAAGAGUUUGUGGAUAAAGCAGCAUAUGAGUUCUCUGAGACAGAGACCAUGUUGAAGACAGCUGAGGACCUCGCAGGACCAUAUGUUUGGGGUCAGUAUGACAUCCUGGUUCUUCCUCCAUCUUUCCCAUAUGGAGGCAUGGAGAACCCAUGUCUGACCUUCGCUACGCCAACACUGCUGGCGGGAGACAAAUCUCUGUCCAAUGUGAUUGCUCAUGAGAUCUCCCAUAGCUGGACUGGGAAUCUGGUUACCAAUAAGACCUGGGAACACUUCUGGUUGAACGAGGGUCACACGGUGUACCUGGAAAGGAUGAUUGGCAGGUCUAUGGAGAGCGAACAGUUUAGACAGUUUAAAGCCAUAGGGGGCUGGAAGGACCUGCAGGACUCGGUGAACACCUUUGGAGCCAACAACCCUCUGACCAACCUGGUCCCCAGCCUGCAGGACGUCGACCCUGACGAAGCCUACUCCUCUGUGCCCUACGAGAAAGGCUUUGCUCUGCUGUACCACCUGGAGGAACUGAUGGGGGGACCAGAGGUGUUCAUGGGUUUUGUGAAGUCGUACAUCCAGCUGUUUGCCUACAGCAGCGUCACCACGGACGAGUGGAAGAACUACCUGUUCACCUACUUCAAAGACAAGGCGGACAUCCUGAACAAGGUGGACUGGAAUGCCUGGAUGUUCACUCCUGGGAUGCCUCCAGUCAAACCUCAGUAUGACACUGCACUAGCCGAUGCCUGCAUCGCUCUGGCCCAGAGGUGGAUGAAGGCCAAAGACCAGGACCUGAGCAGCUUUAAAGAGGCUGAUGUGAAGACACUGUCAUCCCACCAGCUCAUCGAGUUCCUGUCCCUCCUGCUUCAGGAGGAUCCUCUUCCUCUGACUCAUGUAAAGAAGAUGCAGGAGGUUUAUGAUUUCAAUGCCUGUAUGAACUCAGAGAUCCGCUUCAGGUGGCUGAGGCUAUGUGUUCGGUCCAGGUGGGAGGAAGCAGCUCCUAUGGCGCUGAAGAUGGCAACAGAACAGGGCAGGAUGAAGUUCACCAGACCGCUCUUCAGAGAGGUGUUUAACUUCGAGAAGUACCGCGAUCAAGCGGUUUCAGUGUUUCUGGCUCACCGAGCAGCGAUGCACCCGGUCACCUCAGGACUCAUUGCCAAAGACCUAAAGGUGGACGCCAGUCUGUAAUACCAGAAACCUCCGGUCCAUAACCAGUGUUAAGACAUACAUUAACAGGGUCUGCAACAACAUCAAAGCUUUUCUAUCAGCUUCUUUCUCUCUUUAACCGAAUAAGAAAUUUGAUGAUUUGAUUUGGUGAAAGGUUUUCCUCCAUACAUUUUGCUUCUGUUUCUGUAUAAAUGUUUCGUCUCAGGGCAGAACAGAAAUAAAUAAAAUUUGUCUUAAAUCAGC